CUGCGGUGGUGGCCGAAUCUUCCAACGAGUGGUCUUUUAAAUGUGGCGUUUUCCUGUGUUUUAGGAGUCCACUGUCUUUUGACGAAAAUAAGCCUUUUCAAUUGUUUGGAAUUUCAGCGGCGUCUCUUCCCCGAAAUCUACGAUUUCUACCCUCCUACUUGGUUUCUUCCGCAUCAGUUCGACGAAUGGGCCUCCCAGGCUGCUGAACACACCCCUGGGACAAUGACGUACAUAGUGAAGCCCAGUGGCGGCGCACAGGGCAGGGGCAUCUACCUCGUGCAAUCACCAAAAGAAUACUGUCUGGAACAGGCGGCGUCCCGCGGAAACGGCGCACACCACAGCGCCCACUCUGUCGCAGACCCCUCAGUGUGCCUCAUGGCGGAUUCCAUGGGCUUCCUGCCAGCCCGCCAUGUGGUCCAGCAGUACGAGCACCAGCCGGUGUUGGUGGGCGGUUACAAAGCGGAUCUGCGAAUCUAUGUGGUGGUGGAGUCGAUUCAACCACUUCGGAUCCACGUCUACAGAGAUGGGCUUGUUAGACUUGCAAGCCAACGGUACCAGCCCCCAGACCCCUCUAACAUGAAAAAUAGUAAAAUGCACUUGACCAAUUAUUCCAUCAACAAGUUCCCCGAUAUCUCAAAGUCAGCUGAGGCACAGCAUUCCGUGUGUACAGAUACCGAAGAGAUUGGAGAUGCCACACGCAUCCCUCAGGAGCCCUACGCUCCGGAACUCAACGACGGCGGCAACACGAACUCAUCGGCCUUGAACCCCUCCGCCGGCCCGAACACGGUGGCAUGGCAGUGCAAACGCCGGCUCCACCAUUUUCUCAACCCUCGAGCCAGCAUUAGACGCGCUUUGGGCAACUGGAAACUCAGUCCGGCAACGUUUUGGCCCAAAGUGGACGAACUCGUUCGAAACACGAUAUUUGCCCUCGUGCCGCACUUGCGUGUCGCCUAUUGGGCGGAGUGCCAAGCCAAUGCAGGCGACAGUGCCAAUGCAGGCAAGGCGAAUUCCAACAAGGAGCUACCUCAAUGCUUCCAGAUUUUCGGCUUUGACCUGCUUCUGGUAGAGCCCGAUUUUCGUCCGGUCUUGCUGGAAGUGAACAGCAGCCCAAGUCUGCGAAUCGACUGCAUGCGUCCGCUGGUCCGCUACGCCAGCGUCGCCACCCGCCAGGGCCUCUCGCCCUCCAUCGUCGUCAAUUCGCCCAAGUACUCAGCAUUCUACCGAUCCCGGGUCGACGAAGUGGUGAAAUUGGGUCUUCUCAAGGCCACGCUUCUGCUCAUGGGUAGCCGCAUCAUCCACCAGCGGCUGAGUCGCCACGCUCCCGAAAAGGCCGAGGCUUUUCUGGCCACAUGCGGCUACAAACUGCCAAAUAUAAUGCGGGAAGAUGAUAAACAGUCGAAGAAAUCACCUACAUUUGAUGUGUUAGUUGACUUUCGCUUUGUCCGCCCUCGACGCAGGAGCAACUGGAUUUGCGAUCAGAUCUCCCAGAUCUACUGUAGCCCACCACCUCGAGAGAACAACAACGGUUCACGGAACUCUGCUGUGCGGAAGAAGCCCGAAGCUAACGCGGCUCAGGCGGUAGUCCCCACACCGAAGAUAACGGAAUCAGUCAGUAACAUCGCAUCACUCGCAGCACCUGUCUGGCCGCCCUUAAGACGUCCUUCAAUCCACACGGCCUAUGGAAGACGAAGACUAAUUGAAAAAUUGAGCGAAUUCUUCAUGACACAGAGGUUGUCACAGUCGUCCAGAAACGCUUUUUCUCUCAGGCAAGCAAGAAACAGACUCCACUGUGUCUACGCAGAAGACGGCAUCUACCCUGUUAAUGCAGGAGUCUUCACGGACAACGACAAUGCAGUUACCUGCCGUGAGGAAGACAACAAAGAGAGGAAUCCAGCAGGAGACCAAAGGGAUGAUGAAGGUGAUACAAACGGGAUUCCAGAAGUCGCCACAACUGGGUUAAGCAUGAUCGAAGGCGAAAAACCAAAGCCGCUCGAGAUGCCCUACCGCCAGGGGCUGCGUGAGUACCCGCUGCCGAAUCCACCCCCGGAGAGCUCUGUGACGCACCUUAGGGCGGUGGAUCGUCUGGCUGAGAUCUUCAUCAGCAUCCUCUCGGAGCGGCAUGGCUCCGCGGACGCCACACACAAGUCAUCCCAAACUGCCAACGAAGUUUCGAAUCAAAAAGACGACCAUACCCCAUCCCCAGCAACUCUUCGCAGCCACGAGAGGCGUUCGCACUCCACUCCCCACAAUCCCUCAGCUGUUCACACAGACGCAAAUGGAAAACCAUCGACAUCUCACCAGUACAUAGUUAAUGGCAGUAAUGGAUGUAAUCCGGCUGUCGAUAUGCCGAUUCCUCGAAUGAAUGCUGCAGCAUUUCGGACAUUCCUUCAGAGAUGCAAACUCAAGUCCCUUGGAAUUUCCACUCAGGAGAUGGAUCUACUCUAUGUGAAACACAGGCUCUAUUGGCACCGGGUGUUUGAGCCAGAAUUCCCUGAUGCAGAUAAUGGUAAGAUUACCAACUCACAUCGUCGCAGAUUCCUCCCCACCAGAUAA